GCAUAUAUGUUAUAUGUGAACUGUAGCGACGCAUGAAAAGGUACCUUAAACCUCAUAUCUAUAAUCUAUGAAUAACAUGCUCCGGUACGUAUUGACCUCCGAUCCACUUCGAUCACCUCCGAUCAAUUGAUCAGUAUAAAGGGAGCAAAAGGAAAUUAAAAUAAAAAAAAAGAGACCUUCAGAGUCAGAGGCCCUGGAUCGGAGCAGAGCUCGGAGGAAAAAGAUGCUGGACGAUGUAUCCCAUUGCUCCGGAUGUUUCUUACGUCUUAUCGGAACGUGAGGAUAUCAACUCGAUCCUGUACAAACCGAUUAAUUCGACGCAGCGAAUAAAGUACACAUGUUUCAACGCUUCACCAAGUUACAUUAUACUAGGCUCAAGCAGUGGCAGCGUUUACUUGUUUUCAAGAGAGCCAUGUUUAUUUCUUCAAAUAAUACCUCUCUCGGAAGGUGUGGUUUCGCGUGUAGCGAUAUCACCUGACGAAAAAACUGUAGCCUUAGCAACAACUCGUGGUACUGUCUGUCUAGUAUCUCUGAAAUCCACUCCGCAAUUGAUAUCAGUAUCAACGGAGUAUAUAUAUAAACAAAUUACUUGUAUCUGUUGGAAUAAUAAUAGUACCGAGUUGUAUGUAGGAGAUGCAAUUGGCAGGAUUUCUGUCAUAGUGUUAUCCAUAUUUACGGUCAAUGGAAUGUUUCAAACUCCAGUAUGUACACUGAUGAGUCUGGAUUCUAGUAUCGUACAAUUAAAUUUCCAUUCGCCUCUAUUAUUGGUUUCCACGUUAGCACGUAGUUAUAUAUGCGACACAGUGCAAGAGCAAUACAAACAGAUUGGCAAUAAAUCGCGGAACGGCGAAUUCGGCGCAUGUUUUUACACGCACGAGAAUAACACUUUAAAAGCACAGAGAGAAGAAAGGAACACCAACAAUAUACGGGGCGCGUUCAAUUUGAUCUCCGAUAAUGAUAUCAAUAUUCUGGACGAGAAUCAGUCAAAGAUAUUUUGCGCUCGACCUGGUUCGAGAUUAUGGGAGGCCUCGGCUGAUGGAAUCGUCGUGAAGACGCAUCAGUUCAAAGAGGCUUUGGCAAUUCCUCCGACAGCAAUAUUUCGAUCAAAUAGUACCUUAGAAUCUAGUCAGAGGAAAGAGACGGAAUGCGAAUGGCCGCCGCAGUCUGUCAACUUCUCGCACUUGUUCGUACUCGCGCGCAAGUAUUUAUUUUCUUAUACGACUAGCGGCCUAUAUAUUAUUGAUCCGACGAAUGCAAGCAUGCUGUUGUGGAACAACGAGUACACGAACAUCAGCAUGACGGCGAUCGUGGACAAUCAGAUCUACUUGAUGACCUGUGAUAGCAAAUUUCAUUGUAUAACGUUAUCUUCACUCGACAGUCUAAUACUAUGGCUGUAUUGCCGCGAGCGAUACAGCGAGUGUUUAAACGCAUGUUUUAUAUAUAAGUCGCAAUUAUUAAAAACAAUCGGCACUAAGGAAAUUGUUGAGUUGUUCAAAGUAGAAAAUCUGCCGCAAGAUGAGAAAGAGCAGCUGCGACCAUUAAUAACGCUUCUGCAAGCUAGUGAUAAUAAUAGACCAGCUAAAUUAAACUCCGGCAUCGUAGUCGUGCAUUCUGAAAACAAUAGAUUCAUUAAUAAAAAAACUUACGGCUGUGAAAUGACGCCUUCGUCGCAGUCUCCUGAAAUCUCCAGCGAUGAUUCAUUUGAAAUGCAAAUAGAAUCUGGAAAAGAUCGGAAAGAAAAUCUUGUUCAAGAAAAUAUCCUCGGAAUUGUUUCAGGGAACAUAUUUGAUUCGGAUUACAAUAGAGAAAUGUUAAAUAUUAAAGAGGAUGGUCAUCAGAAGCUGGAUUUUCAAGAAAACGUUACGCAUAGGAUUCAAUCUGAUUUGCAUUCGAUUUACGAACUAGCGAAUAGUUUCAGAUCUAAUAUGUUAGAAGAAGAAAUCGAGGAAAUUAUUUUGGAGACAGAUAAAAAGAUGAGAACUAUCAAAGAUUCCUAUCGAGACUCGCCUGGGCUUCAGAGUUUUAUCUACGAAGUUACUCGCGCCGCGGAAUUGCAUUAUUAUAAUAUGUUUCUGGAAAACACCUCCAUGCAGUUGAUUGACUCUAGUAACAACAAUUACAUCGUGCGGCAUUUCGUAAGAGCCUUCAUCGAAAUCAACGCGCCAGCUUAUUUCAGGUGUAGUUGUGGUUAUCCUUAUCCGAUGGAUAAAACCAUAGAACCGAUUAGCAAUAUUUGUGACAAGGUACCUUAUAUGUGGCGUGUGUACCUGCCCAUCCGCAUCGAGCAACGUAGUGCAUUGGACGACUUGUUGAGACAAUGUCUUCAGACCAGAGACAAUGUCGUGUUAUCGUUUCUUCUACCGGCGUUAAAUGAGCAACAGUGGAAUUGCGUAGGUACGUGUCUGAGUGAGAUCGAAGACAGUACUUGCCUCUUUUGCGCGACACCUUUGGCAAAGAAAUCCAAUUAUGACAUACUGAUAGAUUGGAGUGGGAUUGUCAAAGAAAUUAUGAAAAGAGAGGGACCAGAUGAGGCCACGGCGUUUCUGAUUAAGCUGGAGAAUAUGAUACCGGACAUUGAGUUAGACAAAAGUAUAUUCCAGUCGAUUGUGUUUACAAAAAUGCUGCAUCGCCGAGGUCUGAAGAAAUCGAUUGAUUUCAGUAAAACUAACCAAUUAUCAUCGAAAUUUGGUACAAUCUGCUCACCACAGAUACGUGAUCAGUUGACAAAAGUUCUCGAGAAAGAUUUAAGACGAUCGAUAGAUAAAAACGUGUUUGGAAUAGGCGCUCAUCAUUGGGGUAUGCGUCAUCAGAUUAAAUCAUUGACGUGCCCAUGCUGUACGUUGUCUUUACAGACGCCAAUUUUACUAGGUACCAAUGGAGUCGCGAUUUUUCGUUGCGGCCACGCCUAUCACGUAAAUUGUAUGAUAGAAAGAAAGCUCACUAGAUGUAAUCUUCAUCAGUAAAUGUUGUAAAUAAGAAUUAAAUGAAGAAGUUACAUGUACCGUAUAUACAUUUUUCUCUUGAAAUAAAGCUCUCUUCGGAUGUA